AACAUUCAAUGCAACAUGACCCGAUGCGAGUGGGCGUGCCGUGAGCAAGGUUGUGGGUCGUCUGCUGCUAGCUUGCUGUUGUAAAUCAGACCACUCCAAAUGUCGGAUAAGUAAACCACACGAUUACUGUUGUUUUUUUCGACAACAAGAGUGUGGAUCCUGAAAACAAGUUGUCAAGAUGAAACCGCAGAAAGCAGCAACUGUAAAUAAUGAACUGAAUAGAAAUGCCCCUGAACCGGAGUGACAAAAAUAUGGUGACAGUUUUGCCUCCAUUUUUCUGACAUGAGCGUGCAGACAUGCGCAUCCUCAAACUAGCAUACAUAAUCAUGGCCAGGGUCAGUACGUUUAGAUCCCUUCAGUUUGUGCUGCUCCUGGCCGCUGCCCUGGCUGUGAUGGCGUUCUACUACUUCGGCUCAGAGAAUCAGAACUUCUCCAGCACCACCAAGAGGAUCAAACUUUCUCAGGCAAGCCACAACACCAACAGAAACGAUGCAGACCUGACCGUAGACACCAGGUUUUCCCAGGUUGACGGGUCCGAGAAGGAGGAAAAGGCAGAGAGCGAUAAGUUUCGAUCUAUAAAGAGCGGCGACAAGACAAUGGACCAACGCUACAAUGUUCUCAUGAUGUUCACUAAAGUGGACAAAAGCCGCAGCCUCCAGGACAAGUUCACGGUGGCCAUGUUGUCUAUGGUCAAAUAUGCGCAGUUCUUGGAAGGAGAGGUGCUGGUGCUUCAUUUUGUGAGUGAUCAGGCCAGUAAAGAACUGGGAGAGAAGAUGCUUCAGGAAUUCCUCACAAAUGCAACGUUCAAGUAUGAGGUGUUGUUCCACGACGUGGAAGCCCUCACUCACAAGCUGUUCCCAAUUGUGGAGGUCUUGCAGAAGCACUUCAGCGCUGGCUCCGGGGCAUAUUACAGCGACGCCAUCUUCUUCCUGUCUGUAGCCAUGCACCACAUUUUGCCAGAAAAUUUGACGCGCAUUGUGCAGCUUGACCUUGAUCUGAAGUACAGGACCAACAUCAGGGACCUCUUCCAGGAAUUUGAACGCUUCCCACCAGGAGCAGUGCUUGGCAUUGUCAGGGAGAUGCAGCCAGUGUACAGACACACUUUCUGGCAGUACCGCAAGGAAAACCCUCAAACCAGAGUGGGUGACCCUCCGCCCGAGGGUCUCCCCGGCUUCAACAGUGGUGUGAUGUUACUGGACCUCGCCGCAAUGAGGGCCUCUGCUCUCUAUAACCAACUGCUGGAAACGAGAAAUGUGACCAAGCUAGCUAACAAGUACAGCAUCAGAGGCAACCUCGGGGACCAGGACUUCUACACAAUGAUCAGCAUGGAGCACCCAGAACUGUUUUACUCCCUGGCCUGUGGUUGGAACCGACAACUGUGUACCUGGUGGAGGGACCACGGCUACGGAGAUGUUUUUCAGUUGUAUUAUCGGUGUGAUGGACCCAUCUAUAUCUACCACGGGAACUGUAACAGCCCCAUACCAAAUGAUUAAUGACAGGUACUGGAAAUCCAGUGUUUUUUAACAUAAUUUGACUCUCCCAUCUAUAGCUUACAAAAAUACCAGCGUCUUUGUCGUAACAGACUGUGCCCUUUGCUGGUCAACAGGCUACUAAGAUCUACUAACUUGCACCACUGUUACUGUAGACUAUACAUGAAAACUCUGCUUCAAAUCGCGUCUGUUGGUUGUGUGUUUUACACAUUUUUGUUCAUGUGUGAGUACCCAGCUACCACCCUAUUGCUAUGGUUACCAAGUCCCCGACUGGCGACUAUUAUCCUUUCACCGGGUGUAUGCGUCAAUUAGUGUUUGUAUGUUUUACUCAUGUUUAAUAUAUUGUUGUUGUUAGCUUUUUUCCUAGUAUUGUCUUGAGACACUUCAACUGUCUAACCUAUUUUUUGUAGGAUCUUGACCAAAAAAAAAAAAAAAAAACACUGACCCACUUUUGAGCUGUCAGUCUGAUUCAGAUAAAUGUCAGCACUCGAUAUUCAUCUCUUAUAUGUCUGAGGUGAUGGCUGGUGAAGGUUCUGCAUUAAGAUAAUCACGCUACCCAACACUCUUGAACAGAAACAUUAUUUCAAAUCUGUAUGUUUCCCAUGAAUUGACCCUUAGCUGUAAUAUUUUUAAGUUCUUUUUAAAAUAGCUCUGUUGUGAACUCUUGAUUGCACUUUACAAUAAUUAAAACUCAUGCUGAAACAUCA